AUGUUCACGCCACAGAGAAAAUCGUGGAUGUCUCCGGCGAUGACGCCGAGAAGCGAGUCGCGUAAAAUUGGGGGUGUUUCUAACCCUAGGAACGCUGACAGAAAGGGAAAGGCGAUUGCGUUCAGCGAGGACCCAGUAAUUUCGACUCUUCCGCCGCCUCCGAUUGGAACAUUGACCGGGGAUGUCGUUUCCAGAGGUCUGGGUGAUGAAAUGGACAUGGGUGAUUGGAGAAGGUUUAGGGAAGUGGGUCUGUUGAACGAGGCUUCAAUGGAGAGGAAAGAUCGAGAAGCGCUUCUUGAAAAGAUCUCGACACUUGAAAAGGAGUUAUAUGGCUACCAACACAAUAUGGGACUUCUGCUUAUGGAUAACAAAGAGUGGGUUUCAAAGCACGAACAACUAGAGCAGGCGUUUCAAGAAGCUCAAGCAAUCCUUAAGAGGGAACAGUCUUCGCAUCUGUACGCAUUGAAGACUUCCGAAGAACGCGAAGAAAACUUGAGGAAAGCCUUAGGUUUGGAAAAGCAAUGUAUUGAAGAGCUUGAAAAGGCUUUUCGUGAAGUUCAAGAAGAGAAUAGGAAGAUCAGGCUCUCUUCUGAAGCUAAACUGGCUGAAGCAAAUGCUCUGGUUGCUAGUGUUAACGGGAGAUCUUCCGAUGUGGAAAACAAGAUUUAUUCUGCUGAAAGCAAACUCGCAGAGGCAACUAGAAAGAGCUCCGAGCUGGAAAUGAGGCUGAAGGAAGUGGAGACACGUGAAAGCGUCCUGCAACAAGAGCGGCUUUCAUUUGCUAAAGAGCGAGAGUCAUAUGAAGAGAUUUUCCACAAGCAAAGAGAGUACCUUAAUGAAUGGGAGAAAAAGCUUCAGGAAAAGGAAGAAUCGAUGCCUGAACAGAAGAGAAGCCUGAAUCAAAGAGAGGAAAAAGUUAAUGAAAGAGAAAAAAACCUGAACCUGAAACUAAAACAACUUGAAGAAUUGGAUAGAAAGGUUGAUUUGUCUAUGUCAAAGGCCAAGGGAGCUGAAGAGGAUAUUAAGAAGCGAUUGCAAGAAUUGGCUGCAAAAGAGAAAGAAUCUUGCACACUCCAGAGCAUGCUCGUGGCAAAGGAAAAAGAGUUGCGAGCACUUGAAGAGAAGCUUAUUGCUAGAGAAGGGACAGAAAUUCAGAAGCUUAUUGAUGAUCAGAAGGAGGCAUUAGCUGCUAAGAUGGUGGAAUUUGAACUGGAAUGCGAAGAAAGAAGAAAAUCUCUGGACAAGGAACUCCAAAGAAAGAUAGAUGAAGUUGAACGACAGAAAGUUGAGAUUAAUCAUAGCGAGGAGAAGUUGCAGAAAAGAAACCAAGCAUUGAAUCAGAAGUUUGACCGAGUGAGCGAAAAGGAGUUGGAGCUUGAAGCAAAGUUAAAAACUAUCAAAGAGAAAGAAAAAUUCAUACAAGCUGAGGAGAAGAAGUUAAGUUUGGAAAAGCAACAGUUGCUUUCUGAUAAGGAGAGCCUGGAGGAUUUACAACAAGAGAUUGAAAACAUCCGAGCUGAGAUGAUGAAAAAGGAGGAAACGAUUGAAAAAGAACACAAAAGUCUUGAAAUCAAGAAAGAAGAGAGGGAAGAAUACCUGAGACUGCAAUCUGAACUCAAGUCCCAGAUAGAGAAAGCGAGACUCCAUGAGGAGUAUCUUUCUAAGGAAGUUGAAAAUCUGAAGCAAGAGAAAGAGAGAUUUGAAAAGGAGUGGGAGAUAUUGGAUGAGAAGCAGGCAGAAUAUAAUAAAGAGCUAGUGAGAAUUUCUGAAGAAAAAUCAAAGUUUGAGAGGUUUCAACUGCUGGAAGGAGAAAGAUUGAAGAAAGAAGAGAGUGCUUUGAGGGUUCAGAUAAAGCAGGAACUGGAUGAUAUUAAACUGCAAAGAGAAUCAUUUGAAGCCAAUAUGGAACAUGAGCGUUCAGCGUUACAUGAAAAAGCCAAACUUGAGCAGUCGAAGGUGCUUGAAGAUCUUGAAAUGAUGAGAAGGAAUGUUGAAAUUGAUCUACAGAAAAGAAAAGAACAAGAUGAGAAAGACCUACAAGACAGACUGGCUCAGUUUGGGGAUAAAAGAGUGAAAGAAUUUAGUGAUAUCAGUCACCAGAAGCAGGCUUUGAAUAGGGAGAUGGAAGAAAUGAUGUCCAAAAGGAGUGCCCUUCAAAAGGAAAGCGAAGAAAUUGCAAAGCACAAAGAGAAACUGAAAGAGCAGCAAGCAGAGAUGCAUAAUGACAUCAGUGAACUUAGCACGCUUAGCAAUAACCUCAAGAAACGUAGGGAAGAGUUUUCCCGUGAAAGAGCCCGGUUUCUAUCAUUUGUUCAAAAGCUCAAGGAUUGUGAGAGUUGUGGGCAGCUGGUGAAUGAGUUUGGACUCUCUGAUCUCCAACUCAACGAAGAAGCAGCCAUUCAACCACCUAGUGGAGUUUUGAGUGAGCUUCCGGAAAGCUCUGAUGCGUCGGACUCCUGUUGUAAUAUCAAGAAAUCUCUAGACGGAGAUGCCUCUGGUAGUGGGGGAUCUAGAAGGCCCAAGAUGUCGAUACUGCAAAAGUGCGCUUCAGUUUUCUCACCAAGUAAAAGAGCUGAGCAUGGCAUUGACACAGGCAAGUCUGAGCAGCGUCCAUCCUCUUCAGCGGCAGUUAAUAUGAAAACAAUAGGUGAAAGACCACUGCCAGUUGAUCUCCAACCACGUCCGUCUAGUAGCUCACUUCCGGAGGACGAUGAGGAAUAUACAGAGAGUCAAGUGCAAGAAACUUCUGAAGGUUCUCAGGUAUCUGAGCUUCAAAGUGCCAGGCGUGGACGUGGACGUGGCAGACCUAGAAAACCCAAGCCUGCUUUGAAUCCUACAAGUUCGGCCAAGCAUGCCAACCCUGAAGAAUCAUCGAAAGAUGAAAUGAGUGGUCACGUUUCUGUAACUAGCGAGAAGACAACAGGCAGAGGUGGAAGGAAAAGACAGCAUGCUGAGGAUACUACUACUGCUACUGGUGGACGUCGUAAGAGACAACAGACAGUUGCUGUCUUGCCGCAGACCCCUGGCCAAAGACGCUACAAUUUGAGGCGGAAAACUGUAGACCAAGUUCCAGUAGAUGUCGAAGAUAAUGCAGCUGGUGGCGAAGAUGAUGCAGCCAUUGCUGCCUCUGCGCCAUCAAAGGACAAUGUCGAGGAAACUAGCGAAUCUGUGGUGGAACCUCAUCGAGCUAGAAGAUUAGAAAGUUCGGAAGUUAGGGUUGAGAGAGUUGUAACGGUGGAAACAAUUACAGAGACUGCUGCUGCUAAUGUCAAUGCGGGUGUUUCGUCUGCAAACGCGGAACCAACAGCUAAAAUCGAGACGAGCCCUUCUGUUGAAGAUGAGCAGAGACAGAGAACAGUAGUAAAUGAGGAUAGGAGUGAAGAAUAUGAGGAUGAAGAGGAAGAGGAAGAUCAAGAUGAAGAUGACGAUGGUGGUGAUGAUGAUGAUGACGACGAUGGAUCACCAAAACCCGGUGAAGGAUCCAUAAGCAAGAAGCUGUGGACUUUUCUCACUACAUAA